UAAAUAGCUCUCUCACGAAAAAAAGAAGAAGAAAUCUACAUAGAAUUUGCAGUUGAAAUUAAUGGGAAAAGGAGGAGCUUUCGUGACGGUGGCUGCAGACGAGGUGGAGGAGCUACGUAGGAAGAACGUAGAAUUGGAGAGAGAAAUGGAGGAGAUGAAGAAAGAGAUGGUUCAGUUGUGGCGGCGGACGUUGGUGGCGGAAGAGGCGGAGGAGAGACUUUGCUCGCAGCUGGGGGAGCUAGAGGUGGAGUCUCUAGAUCAGGCGCGUGAGUACCAAUCUCGUAUAUUCUUCCUCGUCGACCAAAUCUCUCGUCUCUCUUCCUCCUCUCUUGGAGUCAUAGUUUCGAAUUCGUAGAUUAUACUUAUAUUUAUGUGAAUCCUAAGAUCAGUCUCAGCUUUUAGUUUUUUUUUUCUUCUUGUUUAGGAAAUUCAAAACAUCUCGGGAGAAGUUACAUGUAAACAAAAGUAAAAUAUAUUUUUUUCACCACAACUUUAUAAAGCUUCACAAUUAUAGCCAUGAUUGUUUUAGAUUGUUGAUAUAAUACAAUUUGAUUUGAUUUUACAGUUAAAAUUUUGGUUGUUAAUUUUAAUUUUUUUUAAAGUACUUAGAAAAAAUUUGUUAACGAAUUUAAUAGUCAACAGAUUUUUUUGUACGCGCGUAAAAACACAUAUUAAAAUCAACUUGAAAAUCACACGAAAAAAAGAA